CGUGUCACACUUCUCUGUCUGAACAGCGAUAUUUCAGAAUGAGGAGAGCUGCAGUUUUUCUGGCGUUGCUGCUCUGUCUGCUCUGGACGGGGGCUCAGGGUGAGGAUGGAGGGGGGACAGGGAAGAAAGAGGGGGACUUUGAUAUCCAAGGAGUGAAAGCAGCCCACGAUCAGAGCAGCAGUCAGACCCAGAUGAGCACUGACGUCUGGGCUGAACUCCAGAGAGCGAAUGCAGAUCUCCUGGCUCGAGUCACAGCAAGUGAGAAUAAGAGCACAGCUCUAGAGAACAGGAUGAGCUCCAGUGAGAAGCAGGUGGAGGAGCUCCAGAGAGAGAACGCAGAUCUUCUGGCUCGAGUCACAGCAAGGGAGAAUAAGAGCACAGAUCUCCUGGAUAGAGCAACAGCAAAUGAGAAGAGGAGCACAGCUCUAGAGGGCAGAAUGAACUCCAGUGAAAAGGAGGUGGAGGAGCUCCAGAGGGAGAACGCAGACCGUCCUCAGGUGGCGUUCUCAGCCGGUCUAACUGAUUCAGGAUCAGUCGGACCCUUCAGCACUGCAAUGACACUGAAGUUCAGUAAAGUCUUCACCAAUAUCGGCCAGGCCUACAGCCCAACUACAGGUAUCUUCACAGCCCCCGUCAAAGGAGCCUACUACUUCAGAUUCAACAUGUGGGAGAGCCGCAAAUUAACUUAUUCCUCUGUUGUAUUAUAUCACAACAACCAGCGAAAGAUGAGGCUUUUAGAUUACAUUGAUAGAUCUGGCUUUGUCUCUGAGUCUAACUCAAUGGUUCUUCAGCUGGAGAAGGGAGAUGUUGUCUACAUCGUUCUGCCCUCCAGCUACGGCGUUCGGGAUGAUUCGCAUAAUCGCAUCAUUUUCAGUGGAUUUCUACUCUUUCCUCUGUGAAGCCCACUGUAAAAUAACAACUGCAUUAAGUUUCAACAUUACAUAUUAAUAAAUAAGUGUGUUGACUCUAUUAAUAUAAUGUUUGUGUUAGCUUGGUUACAUGAACAAGACACAUAUGUGCCACAAUUAUUGGCACCCCUAGAACUGAAGUAUAUUUCCAGUCCAGUAUGUUACAUUUUUAGGUUCACCUGUUUGAUUACACAGCACAUUUGAAAUCUAAAAUUCAACACCCAUGUAGUUAAUUUUAACACUAUGAAAGAGUUUAUAUGGAAACCACGAGCAAAGUAUUAAAUUAACACUUUCCAAAGUGUUGACAAUAUAACACUAUCACAGUGUUACUAUACCAACACUAUGAGUGUAAGAUGUGAACACCAACACCGAUAAGAACAACACCAUUGGCUGCAGCUUCAAUUUUACACUGUCCUGGUGUAGAGUAAAACUACAGUAGUGAUACAUCUUCUCCCAUCUAACACCUUUAAGAGUUAGAAAUGUACACUGAGCUAGUGUUGAAUGCACAUUAUACUGGUGUUGCAUCCUCAACCCUCUGGAAGUUCAAAAUGAACACUCAUCCAGUGUCAAAUGUAGUGUAUUGGUAUUAUGAUGUACAACAAACUGGUGUUAAAAGUUACAAUGACCAAUAAAUCAUUCCAGAUAUCAGGAUAUAUGACAAGUGCUUUAUUUGAAUGGUGGCAUGUCUCUUA